CAGCCAAGCGGCCACGCGCUCCUUCCCUCUCCCUGCUGACAAGCGCGGAAGUCACGUGAUCUUUCCCCGAACCGGCUGACGGGAGUGGGCGGAGUCUGUCAGGGAGGAGGAAGAGGAGGUGAGAGCCCUGAGCUGGUAAUACCGGAGCGCUGCGGGAUCCAUUAACCGCACACAGCCGCAGCAUUACCCCCCGGAGCGGCCUGACUGACAUGCUGGAGAGUGCGAGGCCGGCGCGGUGAUCCGUGUCCCCGGUUUGUGGCGGCUCGCGGUGCGGUGAGUGCGGUGCGGGAGGCCGGGUGUUGAGGCCCAGGAUGGCGCAGUGCCUGCUCUCCGUGUCCGAGUUCCUGCAGGGAUCGUUCAUCCCUCAGGUGGCGGCUCUGUGCAGCGAGGAGGCGGACAAACUGUCCCGGAAAAACCAACUGACCUUCUGUGAGCUGGUCCGGCCAUUCUGCAGACUGAGCACUGAGGUUCACAUGCGAGAUCCCAGCAACCAGCCUCAUGUCAUAAAAAACUUGAAGAUUGCAGUUAACAACAUUGUUACUCAAGUUCCGCAGCAAGGAGCGAUCCGAAAGAUUCUGAAUGAUGUUGUCUCAGCUAGCCAGCCUGCAGAGGGUUUAGUACCAAAUGUGAUUACUGCUGGAGAUUAUGACCUUAACAUCAGUGAUCGUUCUCUUAAAGCUAGUGUUCCUUGGUACCAUAAUUGGAAAAACACAUUGACGGAACUCAGCAAGUGCAAGUUUUAUUCAGCAACUACUGCAUGGUUUGAGUCUUACCGAGAGAGUUUUUUCCAGUGUAUGCCAGCAUCGGACCAUGAAUUCCUAAACCACUAUUUGGCAUGUAUGUUGGUAGUGUCUUCACAUGAACCAGAACCUGUGGAAGAGUUUCUUAAGUUGUCACAAGAGCAACAUCGAAUUCAACACAGCAACGAUUAUUCAUAUCCUAAGUGGUUCACACCCAACACACUAAAGUAUUAUGUUCUGCUGCAUGAUGUCAGUGUUGGAGAUGAGCAGAGGGCUGAUUCAAUUUAUGAAGAAAUGAAACAAAGGUAUGGCUCUCAAGGUUGCUAUUUGCUCAAAAUGAAUUCCCGAACAUCCAAUAAAAUACCUGAAGAACAGAUACCUGACCCCUGGAGUCAGUAUAUCCAGAAAAACAGCAUCCAGAAUCAGGAGUCUUAUGAAGAUGGGUCUUAUCCAAUUGUCUCCAAUCAGAAUUUGGAGCAUGUAAUAUCUGUGGAUGGGUUGGAACACUCUAUGAAAGAAUCUUUAUCAAAUAACUUUAAAACCCACCCACUUCAGCUUGACCAGCUAAGUGACUCCAGCUGUAUUGAUGGCAUUGAUAAUAAUAUAUCCCCUGGCUUAGUCAAUGAGACAAAGAAAUCAGGUGCAGGAUCACCGCAUGGGACUUGUUUGACUCUUACUGACCAUGAUCGCAUUAGACAGUUCAUACAAGAGUUCACAAUUCGAGGGCUUUUACCGCACAUUGAAAAGACGAUACGACAGCUGAAUGACCAGGUAAUAUCCAGAAAGGGACUGAGCCGGUCGUUGUUUUCUGCCACUAGAAAAUGGUUCGGUGGUAACAAAGUGCCAGAGAAAAGCAUCAAUGAACUCAAGAAUACCUCAGGAUUAUUAUAUCCAGCAGAGGCUCCCGAGCUUCAGAUUAGAAAAAUGGCAGACUUAUGCUUUUUGGUGCAACAUUACGAUUUAGCUUAUAGCUGCUAUCACACCGCAAAGAAGGAUUUCUUGGGCGAUCAAGCAAUGCUUUAUGCUGCAGGUGCAUUGGAAAUGGCAGCAGUGUCAGCGUUCCUACAGUCUGGUGUAACAAGGCCGUAUCCUUCUCACUAUAUGGACACUGCAAUCCAGACAUACAGGGACAUAUGCAAGAAUAUGAUAUUAGCAGAAAGGUGUGUUCUACUCAGCGCAGAGAUUUUGAAAAGUCAAAGCAAAUAUUCUGAUGCAGCUGCUCUAUUGAUACGCCAGACAAAUGAGGAUUCCGAUCUUCGAAGUGCUCUUCUUUUAGAGCAAGCCGCUCACUGCUUCAUUAACAUGAAGAAUCCUAUGGUUAGAAAGUUUGCUUUUCACAUGAUACUAGCUGGACAUCGCUUCAGCAAAGCCGGCCAGAAAAAACAUGCAUUGCGCUGUUACUGCCAGGCUAUGCAGGUUUACAAAGGAAAAGGCUGGUCCCUUGCUGAAGACCACAUCAACUUUACCAUCGGUCGUCAGUCGUAUACACUUCGUCAGCUUGAAAAUGCUGUCUCUGCAUUAAGGCAUAUUUUAAUUAAUGACAGCAAGCAGCCUGCAUCCCAGCAAGGAGCUUUUCUUCGAGAGUAUCUGUAUGUCUAUAAGAAUGUAUGUCAGCAAUCUCCAGAGUCUCCUUUACCUCAACUCCCUCUACCAUAUAUCAAUAGUAGAGCCACCCGUGUCUUCUUUGGACAUGACAGACGGCCAGCUGAAGGUGAAAAACAAGCUGCGACACAUGUAAGCCUUGAUCAAGAAUAUGAUGUCGAAUCAUCGCAACAGUGGAAGGAGUUAGAGGAGCAUGUUGUUGCUGUAGUUAAUAAAGGUGUCCUCCCUCCGAAUUUCCAAACAACUCAGUAUUGUUUAAGCAGCAACUCUGAUAACUCAAAGUUUCCUCUUGCUGUUGUACAAGAGCCAAUAACUGUAGAGGUGUCUUUUAAGAAUCCACUUAAGGUUCCACUUUUGUUGACUGAUUUAUCUAUGCUGUGGAAAUUCCAUCCAAAUGACUUCAGUGGAAAGUCAAAUGGAGAAGUGAAAGAACCGAUCAGCAAUGAAAAGGAUUUGAUCCAAAAGGGAAAAUGCAGCAAUGAUGUUAUUGGGACAGAAGAUAUAAGCGAGUUUUUAAUUAACAGCGAAGAAACUAAAAUUGCAAGAUUGAAGUUGUUUCCCUUUCAAAGUGGAGAGUUACAUAUUCUUGGAAUCGUGUAUAAUCUCAGCACUACUCAGUUCACAGGUGCUAUGGAUGGGGUUGCAGGUGUCGGUGGUGUACCAUCUGGCAAAUUUAUUUCCAAUGGAGUGUCAGUCAGAGGUCGACAGGAUUUGGAAAUUCAAGGUCCUCGGCUAAAUGGUACCAAAGAGGAAAAAACAUCUAUUAAGUAUGGACCUGAUCGGCGGCUUGAUCCAAUAAUUGCUCCACAAAUGCCUUUGCUCGAGGUAUACUUUAUUAACUUUCCGACUGGAUUGCUCUGUGGGGAAAUCAGAAAAGCUCAUGUUGAAUUUGUAAAUGUUAGCAAAUGCCCACUCACAGGACUAAGGGUUGUUUCCAAAAGACCGGAGUUUUUUACUUUUGGCAGUAGUACUGCUGUACUGACACCCCUAAGUCCUGCAGCCUCUAUGAACUGCAGUGCUUAUAAGACUGUUAUUACUGAUUCUACCUCUGGGCGCUCAGUGUUGACUUCAUCUGCUGCUCCAAUGGCUUUUGGUAUUGGUGGAGGAAACCAGCCAGUAGUUGUUGAUAUUCCACUUGUAGACUCUGUCCUUGAACCUGGAGCAUCAAUCCAGCUUCCUCUUUGGUUACGGGGUCCUGACGAAGAAGGUGUUCAUGAAAUAAAUUUUUUGUUCUACUAUGAAAGCACGGAAAAGCAAUCAAGAAUGCGUCACAGGGUCCUGCGACACACUGCAGUUAUAUGUACAAGUAAGUCGCUGAAUGUACGUGCCUCGGUCUCUAGAAGCAAUGCACUGGAGGAAGAGGGAAGCAAAGGUGGCAACAUGCUUGUAUUUGUGGAUGUGGAAAAUAUGAAUACGAGUGAAGCAGGCGUGAAAGAAUUUCAUAUAGUGCAAGUAUCGAGCAGCAGUCAGAACUGGAAGCUACAUAAAUCUGUGAAUCCCACAGAAAAUAAAGAUACCAAAUUGACCAGCAGAGAGAGGGUCAAGAUGUGUUUCAAAGCUGUGAGAUGCAAAUCUUCUGCAGAUGCUGUUUUGUCUUCAGAAAAAUAUAUAUUUGGUGAUAUUGUUUUGGGAGAUGAUCAGAUCAUAAGCUCAACAACUCCAUGUGCAGAUUUCUUUUUCCGAAGUUCCUUAUCCUCCCAGACUAAGAGAGUCUUGUCAUCAAAUACAGCUGGUGCUGGGAAGACCAUGCUUGAUGAAGCAGUCAGGUUAAUACAGAAAUGCAAUGAAGUGAAUCUAAACAUAAUUGUGCUCUGGAAGGCAUAUGUCGUUGAAGAUAACAAGCAACUUAUUUUGGAAGGCCAGCAUCAUGUGACUCUUAACAUAGUUGGAGCAGAAACGUUAUCUUCACCUCAUAAGCAGGAACAACCAGAGAUGGUGCUUUUAAAGUUUAGUAAACCAGAAAAUGCAACUGUAACCACAAAGCCGUCCGCAGAACAACUCUCAAAUCUAAUUAAGACAAGCCUUCAGUAUCCUGAAUCUUUUAAUCAUCCGUUCCAUCAAAAGAGCCUUUGUUUGGUUCCUGUUACUCUCGUGCUGUCCAAUAGCUCUCAGGCAGAAGUUGAUGUAAUAGUUGAUCUCAGGCAUAAGACAACAAGCCCUGAAGCUCUAGAAGUCCAUGGUUCUUUUACAUGGCUUGGACAAACUCAGUACAAGCUGCAGCUGAAAAGCCAUGAAGUCUUUAGCCUGAAACUCAAUGCAUGUUUUGUGCACACAGGAAUCUAUAACCUCGGGACUCCUAGGGUGUUUGCCAAACUGGCGAACCAACUCACACUUUUCGAAACUAAUCAGCAGAGCUCAAUGCCAGCACUGAUUGUUAUUAAUAAUGCUUGAAAAAUGCUUUUCUCUCAAACUGCAACAUAAAGGAAUGGAUCAAAUUCAUUGUCUCAAUAAUCUAUUUAUUAUGUUUUGAAAUAACAUAGGAGGAUACAUGCAUUUCGCCUUGCUGACCAAUCUACAAGAAAUUCAGUACGGGCUAGUAGUAUAUAUUAUGACUAUUUUGACCGUUCAUACUUCCUCAUCAGAGAUAUGUGGGACUGACCGUAAAUCCACAUUCUUUCUCAUCUCUAUUAAAAUAAAAAAGCUAUAUUUUGCCCAGGAAAUUUAACAUUUUCCUUUGUACUAAAUAGAAAUAUUAAACCUUCCAGUCAACACAUUCGUUCUGAAUGUUUAGAAAGUGGUUUAGAAUUGCCUAUUGUUUAACCCUGAAGUCACUUCUUUUAAAGGUGUUACUGUGAUAUGCACUUUUGAAUUUCACAAUUGUUUCAAAUCUAGCUACACUUUUUUUUUUUUAGGGUGUUGUUUGAAGCACUCUGUGUCUCUGCUUAGGGUAAUCUUCAAGUAGCCCUCCAGCUGUUGUACUGCUGCAACUUUUGUGUUAAGUUGCCAAACAUUAUGGGAGCUGUAAUUCAACAGCUGAAAGGAUUUGUUUGCUCCCACUGAUUAGCUGAAAUCCAAUUAUUUUUGCAUCCCAUUGGAUAACAUUUUGAUUCAUCUCCGUACUAAAUGCACUAUUUCACAACCUUGACAUUUGUCAUCAAGACUGAGUUAUUCACUUUAUUAUGUUACUUUAACAAUUCAGUUGAUCUCAGUAUAUUUAAAAGUAUGCUUUUCAAUAAAUGAUGUAUUAUAUUUAUAACAAAUGUAUUGUAAAUAGAAUAAAACAUACACCGU